AUGGAGUUUUCACGGAGUCGGGUGUACGCAUUACUAAAGGGAAAUUUAACAAGAGGGUUAAAGGAGCUGGAAUCCCUUGUAGAAAUAGGAGCAAGCCAGGAAGAAAUUGAAAGGGCAAAGAACAAGGUUAAGACACGAUUUGAGUUUGUAGAAGAAUGUCAAGAUAAUCUUGUUGAAUUGAUUGAAGAGGAUGAAGAUUAUGAGAGGGAAUUAGAGUGGAUGACUAAAUGCCAGGAUGGGUUUCUGGGAGAAAUGGCUAGAUUAGAUAAGCUGCAACACCCAAUUACAAAUGGACCAGACGUGUCAGUUGCUGCUCCAGAACCAGUAGACUUACCUGCACAAGAAGAGGAUGGUGAAAUAGCUCCUGCACUAAUUCCAGUUGAGCCAGAGAUUGUCGUCCCUCCAACCGAAAAUUCUGUAAGUGACAGUGAUGCUGACUCACAUAGUGCUAAUUCCAGUGACACAUCUCAGAAGCACUGUUUGCGAUGUUCCCAGCGACAUAAUGAAGCUGAACACACUGCCUUCAUAGGUGACAUUAAAAGCAUGUUCUAUCAGGUCCAGGUAGCCCCACAACAUAGGGAUUUCCUACGAUUCCUAUGGUGGGAAAGUAGUGAUGUUAAUAAAGCAUCAAAGGAGUUUCGAAUGUUAGUGCAUGUAUUUGGCGCUAAAUCAUCUCCGGGAUGCGCCAACUACAGUUUGAAGGAUGUAGCCAAACGGUUAUCAGACGAGUAUGGCCAAGAUGCAUCAAAGUUUGUCCAAAACAACUUUUAUGUGGAUGACAGCUUGCAGUCAGUUGAGACAGCGGAUGUGGCAAUAGACCUAAUCCAGAGGACGGUAGCCAUGUUGAAGGAGGAAGGAUUCAAAUUGCAUAAAUUCCUCUCAAAUUCAAAACAGGUUUUGAAAGUUCUACCAGAUGAUUGCAUCGCAUCUAAUGUCGGCCAGAAGGACAUGAAUAAUCUACCCACAGAACGUACUUUGGGAAUACUGUGGGACCCUACUCUCGACGUAUUUACAUUUGAAGGCAACAUGAAAGAGAAUCCUCCGACAAGAAGAGGCAUUCUAUCGACUUUGUCUGCUGUGUUUGAUCCACUUGGAUUAAUUGGUCCCUACAUUUUACAGGGAAAGCGAAUCCUCCAGAAUGUCUGUGCGGAAGGAAAGGACUGGGACGAACCAUUAAAUGACGAUACAAUCCAACAUUGGAUAGCUUGGAAAGAGCAACUUCAGUACCUCAGCAACAUUAAUAUUAGCAGAUGCUAUAAGGCUCCUUAUGCAACUGGAAAGGUGUCUUCUGUUGAACUUCACCACUUUAGUGAUGCAUCUACUUCAGGAUAUGGUCAGUGUUCGUACCUAAGACUAGUGCACGAAGAUGGAACUAUAGUACUUUGCUAUAUAAGCAAUGAGUCCAGACGCUUUCAUGUUUUUGUGGCCAACAGAGUACAAACUAUCCGUAAUAUCAGCGAGCCAACCCAGUGGCACUACAUUGCCUCUGAACAAAAACCAGCAGACAUCGCCUCACGUGGCAGCUCUGUAGAGGAAUUGUUGGAUUGUGAUUUUUGGUGGCAAGGGCCUAAGUUCCUCAGUGAGCUGAUUUACAAAAUCGAAGAUUAUCUACCAGAACAAAUACAUGAUACAGAUGUUGAAGUAAAGAGGGUAAGAGUUCAGGCCACCCAUGUUAGUGUACAAACGAUUCCAGAGAUGUUAAAGCGAUACUCCAGCUGGUGCCGAGCAAGCAGAGUUCUUACUCUAUGUAUUGUUUUCACAUACAAAUGCAGAGGUUGGAAAAGAAGUGGAGAUCUCACAACUCAGGACAUUGACAGAGCCAAGAAACUGAUGGUAAAAGCUACUCAGCAUAACCACUAUAAGGAACUUGAUAAGUUGACCCGGCUAGAUCCUGUGGUGGACCAAGAUGGCCUUAUUAGGGUAGGGGGAAGACUAAAGAGGUCAAUCAGUCUUCCUGAAAGCAUUAAAUGCCCAGUAGUGAUCCCUACAAAAUCUGAACUAACACGUUUAAUAGUAACUCAUUAUCACCAAGUGACGCACCAUCAAGGUAGAGGUAUCACAUUAAAUGCCAUUAGAGCUGGUGGUUUUCACAUAAUUGUUGGAGUGUCAUCCGUAGCCAGAUUUAUCCAUAACUGUGUACUGUGCCGUAGAUUAAGAAGGAAGCCAGAGACACAGAGAAUGGCAGACCUACCGCCCGAUCGACUAGAACCUGCACCAGCCUUUACAUAUUGUGGUGUAGACCUGUUUGGACCUUUCGAAGUGAAGAAUGGCAGGAAGUUGGAGAAACGCUACGGUGUAAUAUUUACUUGCCUUGUUUCACGCAGUGUCCACAUAGAAGUUGCCAGUUCGCUGUCCACUGACUCGUUAUUCAACACCUUUCGAAGACUUGUAGCUAGACGAGGUGCAGUUAAACAAUUAAGAUCGGAUCAGGGUACAAACUUUAUCGGUGCUUCAAGAGAACUACGUGAAGCAAUGACUGAAAUGAAUCAAGAAGACUUAAAGUCUCAACUGCUUCACUUAAAUUGCAAUUGCAUUUUCAACGUGCCGACAGCAAGCCUCCACGGUGGCGUUUGGGAGCGCAUGAUAAAAACAGUAAGGAGUAUUUUGGAUGCACUUAUAUUACAACAUAGGGCACAACUUAAUGAUGAGAUGUUGAUAACUUUCAUGGCCGAGGCUGAGGGCAUCGUAAAUAGUCGACCCUUAAAUACCACUGAGGAUGCUAGUUUAGAGCCAUUGACCCCAGCACAUUUACUCAUGCUGAAGCCUUUUGUACGCCUCCACCGGGCAACUUUAAUACAAAUGGUCGCUAUAGCAGGAAAAUGUGGAAACGAGUCCAGCACCUGGCCGAAUGUUUCUGGUCAAGAUGGCGCAAGGAGUACGUCCACCUUCUACAGAGUAGGCAAAAAUGGAAUGUGA